AUGGAAAUUGAAAAAUGGAAAACCCAAUGCAGGUACCUUUAGAAUGAAUUGGAUUCAAUGAAAUAACAACUAUCAGAUGCCAAAGACUUAAUAAGAUUAAAUAAGGAAUAAUUGAAAAUCUGUUAUAAUCCAUAAUCAUUUGAUUAGAGUAGCGAAUGUAAGGCUGCAUUGGUGUUGCUAAAAUACGUCUAAGAAGAAAACGAAGUCUUAUUGAAAAAGAUUGAUCAAUUAAGUGAUGAAAGAAACCUAGCAUUCGAUAAAGCCUUUAUUUCUGACCAAAUCAACGAAUCGAAUCAAAGAAUGGAAUCGUCGCUGAUUACUAGUCUCAAUAAAACAAUUACCGAAUUAAAAAAGAAAUUAAACGAAUAGGUGUAGAUGUCAAAUGAAAUGAUGGGAACAAUCUAUUUAGAAAAACAUUUGACCCAACCAGAUUAGUUGACUUUAAAUUUUAAUAAUGUUAUUUAAUAAAUGAAUUCAAUGCUAUUAAAAUAGAAAUUACAAAUGGAGGAGUUAGUUGAAUAAAAAAACGAUUUAGCAUAACUUAAUUUUAGUUUAUCCAACGAAAUUUUGAAAAUUAGAACUCAAAGAUUCACUCCCCGUAAUCAAACUAAAACAUUCUUUAGCCAGCAUGAAGAUCCAUCGAAAUUCAUUAAUAAUUUAGUACAAUUAUAAAAGAGAUUAUUUUUUGAUGAUGAUUCGCAAGAUGAAAAAAUGCACAUGCAAUAAUCGGCUGUCUUUUCUCCUCUUUUCUCCCCGUCAUUACCGCAAAAAGUAAAACGAUAGUAAAAGUAACAAAUACCAAAAGACUUCAAGCAAGAACCAGAAAAAUACAUACCAAAACUUGACUUAACUAAAGCUUAGCAAAUCUAAUAAUUCAAUAUCAAAAGAAUGCAGCUACUAGCUAAUAAAUUGGCAAAUGAAGGCGUUGAAUAGAAAAUUUUUAUGUUAUAAGAUGAAUUGUUAAGAACUAAAAAUAAGUAUCAUGCAUAAUUAGUGUUGAAUUAACAGCUGGAUUUAUAAUUGACGGAGUUGAACCUUUAAAUUAUGGAAUUGUAAAAUGUUAAUGAAACAUUGAUCAAAUCAAACCAAAUAUACGAAGAAAAAUGGUCAAGCAUCUUCUAAUAGUUUUCAUUCUAUAAGGAGUUCUAUCUAAAACACAAAGAUUAGAUUUAGCAUAACUUAUAAUCAUAUGCUACUUCAGAUGAUCAACAAUAGUUCAGUGUAUUUGAGUUUGAAAAAGCAUUGAACUCCUCUAAGAUUUACAAAAAGAAUACCACUCAAAAGAAUCCCUCAAACAAUAAUCCUGCUCUUAGUAUCAUCAACUAUUAGGAUGAUACUAUUCAAUAAUCAUCUUAUAGGCUUCCGACUGACAGGUAAGAAGAAGCAAAUAAAUUCUUAACUUAAUAGUAUAAAUGUUGUUUAAUGAUGAUGGCAAAAGAAGUUAUCUCUUUGGAUUGCCAACAUGUUAAGCCUGUUUAGACUGAACACAAUAAAGUGAAAAUAAAAAGAAGCUACAGCAACACUAUUGAGUAUUUUCCUGUUUUCUGA